CUCCCAGUGACCAGUGGAAUUUGUCAGCUUACAUUUUUGCAACCCGAUCCUUCCGUCGAUGUGGCUGCACCACGACACAGCCGGCGUUAUCCGUCUGCUGUCAUGGUGACUUGCUUGCCUCCACUUGUGCCGGUCCGAUUGUCUUCUCGCUGCGAAUGGGUCUGCUGCGGUAUCACUGGUCGCAUAGAACUGCGAUUAGUCCACCAACGAGUGACUAGCCCAAUCGCUCGAAUCGCGUUGUCUGGCUAG